AUGCACAUAAUCAGUCAAGGGCUUUUUCUCAAAUUCGGAAAGCACAACUAUCGAAGUCUGAAGAGAGAGUUAAACUCAGAGAAUGUCAUAAGAUUCUUGAGAGGGAUGAGCACGUUCAGAGGAGAUAGCUCAAAUGAUUACCAGAUCUCCUCCUCCUCGGAACGCGCAAGGGUGGCAGCCAAGCCCUGUCAGCGCAUGGGCACUGACGAUCCCAUUCGGCUUUCCGCCGAUCGUAAUUAUCGGUCAUCCCGAUUUUCCAAUGACGACCGUAUUCGACAAAGGCGUACAAAAAUCCGGGCCCAUCUGCUAACGAUACGCCGCUCGCUCUUCGCGAAACGUACAGAGCUCGGAGUCGUUCAGCGGAUCGUAGGCUGGUCAUUCUGUGUUCUGAAAAGCCGAGCGACGUUGGCAGCGGUGUUGGGAGGCGAGGAGUCUGGAAGUGAGAUUUGGGAGCUGAGGACCGACAGAGAGAGUCCUCCACGAAGCAGAGACACGGGAGAGUAUUGGAGAAAGAGGCGGGACAGGAAGAGGGCGCGAGGAAAAGGCGCGGGAGCAGUGGAUUCAAGAGCAAACAAGGGCUACGAUCACAGGCCAAAGGUCGUUGGAGAAUCGGAACUGGCAGAGGUGGUGUGGACGACGUGGUGCUGGCAUCGGACAUGCUAA